GUGGCAUUUUAUCUCCAGCCAGGGCUGCUAUAAAAGCCCCAGCAGCCUCUCUGGCGCUCUGCUCAGCUCAUCACAGCCGACAUGAAGCCUCUCCUCUGCGCGGCGCUGCUCGGAUUCCUCGCCACCGUGCUGGCGGCCCCGGGCCCCGAGAAGGUGAAAUGGUGCGUCAAGUCGGACGCAGAGUUGCAGAAAUGUUUGGCUCUUGCAGCUGCAGCUCCCGCAUUCUCCUGCGUGAAAAAAGACAACACCAUCGACUGCAUUAUUGCGAUUAAGGAUGGUAAUGCAGAUGCCAUUACUUUGGAUGGAGGUGACAUUUUCACUGCUGGACUGAACAACUACAACCUGCAGCCAAUCAUUGCUGAGGACUACGGCGUCUCUUCUGACACCUGCUACUAUGCUGUCGCUGUGGUGAAGAAGGGCAGCGGAUUUAACAUCAAAGAUCUCAGGGGGAAGAAAUCGUGCCACACUGGUCUGGGCAAAUCCGCAGGCUGGAACAUUCCCAUCGGAACUCUGUUGUCCAUGAAUAUAAUUGAGUGGGCAGGCAUCGAAGACAAACCUGUGGAGGAGGCCGUGAGCGAUUUCUUCCAGUCCAGCUGUGCCCCGGGGGCAGGAACGGGCUCUAAGCUAUGUGAACUGUGUAAGGGAGACUGCUCCAGGUCCCACAAGGAGCCUUACUAUGAUUACGCCGGAGCUUUCCAGUGUCUGGUGGACGGUGUUGGAGAUGUGGCCUUUGUGAAGCAUCUCACUGUACCUGAUUCUGAAAAGUCCAACUACGAGCUGCUGUGCAAGGACAACACCAGAGCACCUGUCGACAACUAUAAGACCUGCAACCUGGCCAGAGUUCCAGCUCAUGCUGUUGUCACCCGCAAGGACGCACAGCUGGCUGAAUUAAUCUGGACAAGCCUAGAGGGAGUUCAGGGCUUUAACCUCUUCUCCUCUGAAGGCUACGCAUCCAAAAACCUCAUGUUCAAGGAUUCAACAGUGAAGCUGGUGCGGCUGCCCCCAAAAACGGACUCCUUCCUGUAUCUGGGUGCUGAAUACAUGAGCAUCGUCCGCUCCCUUAAGAAAGAGCAGACGCCAGGCACCACAUCCAGUGCCAUUAAGUGGUGCACUGUGAGCCGUGCCGAGACCGCCAAGUGUGACACAUGGAGCAUCAACACUGUGGACAAAGUUAACGGUGGAAACGCCGCCAUUGAAUGCCAGGAAGCCCCAACAGUUGACGAGUGCCUGAUAAAGAUUAUGCGUAAAGAGGCCGACGCAAUGGCAGUGGAUGGAGGACAGGUGUACACAGCUGGGAAGUGUGGUCUGGUUCCUGCCAUGGUGGAGCAGUAUGACGAAGGCCUGUGCGGCUCUUCGGAAGCUAAAGCCUCCUCCUACUAUGCUGUCGCUGUGGUAAAGAAGAGCUCAGGGUUGACCUGGGAAGGCCUGAAGGGCAAGAAGUCCUGCCACACGGGCAUCGGCAGAACAGCUGGCUGGAACAUCCCCAUGGGUCUCAUCUAUGAACAGACAAAAGACUGUGACUUCACUAAGUUCUUCAGCAGUGGCUGUGCCCCCGGAGCCGACCCCAACUCUCCAUUCUGCAGUCAGUGCGCCGGCAGCGGCAAAGCUGUGGGAGACGAGUCCAAGUGCAAAGCCAGCGCUGAUGAGCAGUACUACGGCUACGCUGGAGCCUUCAGAUGCCUGGUUCAAGAUGCUGGUGAUGUUGCCUUCAUUAAACACACAACCGUUGCAGAAAACAGUGAUGGUGUUUCUAGCCCAGCAUGGGCUACAAACGUGAAGUCCAGUGACUACCAGCUCAUCUGCCCUGGGAAGGCACCAAUGGAAAUCACUGAAUACGAAUCUUGUCACUUGGCUCGGGUGCCUGCACACGCUGUGGUGACUCGCCCAGAGAGUCGAAGUGAGGUGAUCCGCAUCCUCCAGGAACAGCAGGCCAAGUUUGGAACCAGUGUCAGCGAUCCAUCAUUUAAAAUGUUCCAGUCCGAUCAAGGAAAGAACCUCCUCUUCAAGGACUCCACUAAAUGUCUGCAGGAGGUUGAGGCUGGAAAAUCCUACGAGCAGUUUUUGGGAUCAGAGUACACCACUGCCAUGUCCUCGCUCAGACACUGCAGUCAAACUACUCCAGAUCUGGAGAAAUCUUGUACUUUUCACUCUUGCCAACAAGCCUAAUGGUGGCGUUGACCGCACGGCGCCUCAGUCGGCUCUCAGUGAUUCAUCCACCUUACCCACACUUCCUACACUCGACCCAAAAAUUGCUUUGAGUCUUUUCUUACUAAUCUACUUGUAGACCUGUUUUCUAAAGAACAAUCAACUCACAGCUACUCCAGCCUGCAGAUCAACAGUCACAUCCACAUGUAGUUAUUUUCAUGCUGUUGAAACUAAAUGCUACACUGCCUUUGUUACUGAAUCAACUGUGUUUUGUGACAUGUCUGACUUUUCUCAAAUAAAGCCUUUUAAAUGCUC